CUCUCCUCUUCAUUACAUCUUGCACAUCUACCCUCAUCUGCAUCGUCUUCGCAACAUCGAAGAGGCUGUCUCUCAGCCUGCAACAUGUCACAGCCCGGCCCCUCGUCAGGCCUGUCCCAACGACGCCGUGGAGGCGGAGCAGGAGGUGUUGCUCACCUCGACCUCGACGACGCAUCAACCAGUCGCCCUUCCUCACCUCUCGCAUCCCCCUCGCUGAAGCAUCGCCCCACCGCCAGCAACAAUGGCUCUUCGAACGCCGGCCCAUCAAGCAGCACCGACGCCCCUUCGGGCCAUCGAAUCGCCUACGAUCCGCGUGACCUCCCAAACACGGACGAGGACUCCCACCUUCCCCGCCUGACGCUCAUGGAAGAAGUGCUCCUUCUAGGUCUGAAAGAUCGUCAAGGGUACCUCUCAUUUUGGAACGACUCCAUCUCUUACUCUCUCCGCGGAGCCAUCCUUGCUGAGCUGCUCUUGAGGAGAAGGCUGAGGGUUGUGCGUGACCCGAGUAGGGGCAGGGUGGAUGUACAGGAUCGUCUCGUUGAGGUUGUAGAGGAGAGGGGAGGGAGGGGCAAAGUCAAAAUGACAGGCGAAGUAUUGCUGGAUGAGGCACUCAAGAUGAUUAGAGGGUCGGAAGAGAAGAGAAGUGUGGCCGAGUGGAUUGAUCUACUGAGUGGCGAAACAUGGAACCUCUCCAAAAUCGGCUAUCAGCUCAAGCAGGUCCGCGAACGCCUCGCGAAAGGCUUGGUAGACAAGGGUGUCCUGCGUACUGAGAAGCGCAACUUCUUGCUGUUCGACAUGGCCACCCAUCCCGUAGCAGACGCCACAGCCAAGCGCCACGUCCUGCGGCGUGUCACCACACUCGUCUCCGGCUCAGGCGGGGGAGGAAGCGGGUCGACCAGUAGUGCAUCUCACCUUACGGCGCUCUACGGGCAAGGAGCUGGAGAUGGGGAUGGAGAUGUGAGCUUCGCAGCCCUCCGUUCUCUGCUACUGGUAUGCUGCGCCUUUGCUGCCAAUGUACUGGACAAUGCGCUUGUUCACUUGAGCUACGAGGGGAGGGAGACGGCUUUCCAGAAGGUGGAGGACUGGCUUGACGUAUUCGGAACAUGGCCUAUGGCGCAGGCUGUCCCUGGGGCUGGAGGUGCGAUUGGACAGGGGGCUGCCAUGGCAUCCAAUGGAGCAACCUCAUAUUCGAGCUCGGCGGCUGCGAAAAAGUCGUCUGCAGGUGGUGCAAGGAUAGCAGAGGGAAGUGUAGUAACUGACCCCGCCGAAGAAGGUAUGGGCGGGGGGAGCUCAGCAGGGUCAAGCGGUGGUGGAGGUGGCGCUGCCUUCUCAGAAGCAGGCGCAGCGAUGGGCAUCUCAACGGCCGAUUUGGUACGCCACAUCCGCACACAGGAGGCUACCGACGCAGGCGACGAGAUGUUGGAAGGAGUCGCGGGGGUCUUGGCCGUGCUGGCUAGGAUGGAUAGUCUGCUUUAGGUAUAGGGCAUCGUGGAAUGCAGGAUGUACGCUCAGUUGCAACGCUACCGCCUUGCCAUCUUUGUUGCAUGGCAAGAGGAGGAGAGAACUAUCCAUAUCAAGCAUACCUAUUGAGGACUGCCUCUACCAUCUUUAUGCGGGGGGCGGCGAGUAAUCUGCUCCGUCUUCUACGCCUCCCUCCCGCUUCGUCGGUGAUGCAGCAGAUGUUGUGUAGCCAGUCCCUUGACCUUCGCCGUCCAAGUCCAUGCCACCGCCACGGCCCUCGCCUUGGCCAGCAGUCUUCGCCUGUAUGCUGCUGUUCCUGCCGGUCUCUCUUUGGACACU